CGGCCUACGCAUUUGGCGGGCGGCAAAAAUUGUGCUUUGUUAUGCUUCCACCAUUCCUUGUGCGAAUGUGACGAGGGACAGUUUAUUCGGAAUAUCUGCAAUUUAUUGUUGGGAUACUAAGUGAAAUCGAGUGUUUUAUCAUGAAUGAAGGCAAUAUCAAUGAUGACGAUAAUAUGUAUCACGAUACAUUCCAAGGAAAGGCUAAAACUUCCUCCAACCUAGCAUGGCACAGACCGAUGUCGACAAGGUUCCGUCUAGAGGAGGAGCUGAUUCAGCGCACCUCCCGAGCGCUGGAAGCGGAAACCGACCCUCUGGAGAAGCUGCGUCUGAUGUGCCUUUCGCAUGGCGCCGUCGGCAUCAUGGGGCUGGCCAGGGUGUUUCGGAAAAUGGAUGAAGGAGGCACUGGGCGGUUGACCAAGGAGAAGUUUGCAAACUGCAUCAAGGAAACUGGGCUGGAUUUUAGUUACAAGGAUGCAGUAGACGUCUUCAACAAGUUCAAAAGAGAUAGCAACGGCACCAUCAGUCUUGACGAAUUCCUGUUAAACGUUCGUCCGUCUAUGUCUGAGACCCGUAGAAGCAUCUUGGAGCAGGCGUUCAAGAAACUGGACAAAACUGGCGACGGGGUCCUAUCUGUGGAGGACCUCCGCAGAUGCUACGCUGUGACUUCACAGCAAAGUUACAUGUGCGGCGAAGAGACCGCUGAAUUCGUUAUGGACAGGUUCCUUUCCAACUUCGAACAAGAUGGGAUCGUGGACGGCAAGGUGACUCACGAGGAGUUCAUGAACUACUACAGCGGCCUCAGCGUGUCCAUAGACAACGACUGCUUCUUCGAUCUGAUGAUACGUCAAGCCUACAAGCUGUAAACUUGUUCUAGUGACCAAAAAAGAAGACCACGUGCAAAAUUGAU